UGGGCGGUUCCAGCUUCAGAGGGAGAGAGAGACGUUUAGGAAGAGACUUCUCACUCACCAACAAAACUAUCAAACCCAGACACAAACAUGGCGCCUGCCUCUAGCGACAACUCCAGAUGAAAGUGUGGCCUCCAAAGUUUCCCCGGACUGUGUUUUCAGCGGUUCUCUUGUGCCUUGUGGGUUUAGCACACUGCUGAUUACUGAAAACUACGCACGGGAUUUUACAAACCGGUUAAAACAGCAAGUUGCCUUCAUGUCAACAUUGUAUUUGUCUGCAGAGUGAACAGCUGGAUCUCCAGCCAUGAUCGAGGACAAGGGCCACCGCGUCACCGACUACUUCGUGGUGGCCGGACUCACGGACAAGUCCACGCCGUUGGAGCAGGACCUGUCCGAGGCCAAGUCCACGGGGCCCAAAGCUCCCAUCACCGACCUGGCUGUGAUCAACCGGUCCGCGGGAGAGACAGUCCCUGAAGGCUUCACCUGCAUCGACACCACCUACAGCGGCCAACCAGCCAACCUGAACCACGGGAGCCUCAAGAGCCCCGAGCUGUUCCUCUGCUACAGGAGGGGCCGAGGAAAACCGCCGCUCAUCGACAUCGGGGUCCUCUACGAGGGCAAAGAGCGGCUGAUCCAGGGCUGUGAGGUCAUCCAGGCCACGCCGUAUGGACGCUGCGCGAACGUCAACAACAGUUCGGCAACGUCGCAGCGGAUCUUCAUCACGUUACGCCGCGCUCCCCCCGUCCAGCCCCAGAACUCCCUCGCCGUGACGGACAUCUGCAUCAUCGUCACCAGCAAAGGCGAGACUCCGCCCCACACCUUCUGCAAAGUGGACAAGAACCUCAACUGUGGCAUGUGGGGCUCCAAUGUGUUCCUUUGUUACAAGAAGUCCGUGUCGUCGGCGAAUUCGAUCAGUUUUAAAGCCGGUCUGAUCUUCCGAUACCCGGAGGAGGAUUAUGAAUCGUUCCCUUUGUCGGAGUCGGUUCCUCUUUUCUGUUUGCCGAUGGGAGCCAAGAUCGAGUGUUGGGCUCCAAACACUCGGGACCCUCUGCCUGUUUUCUCUACGUUUGUUUUAACCAAUUCCUCUGGUGAAAAGGUGUACGGCGCCGCGAUUCAGUUCUACGAGCCGUACCCAGUGGAUUUGUUGAGUGAGAAGCAGAAGAUCCAGCUGGGCCUCCUCACCACCGUGGAGAAGAAGGUGAUCCCAAACCGAGCGGUCAACACCAACAAGUGCAUCUGCCUCCUCUCCCGAUGGCCUUUCUUCAAAUCCUUUCGCAAAUUCCUCAUGUUCCUGUACAAACUGUCUGUGUCCGGCCCUCACCCGCUGCCCAUAGAAAAGCACAUUUCUCACUUCAUGCACAACGUCGCCUUCCCUUCACCUCAGAGACCACGGAUUUUGGUUCAGCUGUCUGCACACGACACGUUGAUCCUCUCUCAGCCGGUGUCCACUCCUUUACCGCUGAGUGGAGCAGACUACAGCACUCUCCUGAUGAACCUCGGGGCCGAAAACUGUGCCACGCUGCUGCAUUUUAUUUUACUGGAGAAUAAGAUCCUCCUUCACUCCCUGCGCCCGGACGUGCUCACCGGCGUCGCGGAGGCUGUGGUGGCUAUGCUGUUCCCAUUCCAGUGGCAGUGUCCCUACAUCCCUCUGUGUCCUCUCUCUCUCGCUGGUGUCCUCAACGCCCCAUUACCCUUUAUCGUGGGGGUGGAUUCUCGAUAUUUUGACCUUUACGAUCCCCCUCCGGAUGUCGUCUGCGUGGACCUAGACACCAACACGAUUUACCUGUCUGAUGAGAAGAGACACAGCAACUGGAAAAACCUCCCCAAAAAACCCAGCAAGAGUCUGGUGAACUCACUGAGCAACUUGCACCACCAGCUGGCCACAGUUUCCACGCGACAGCCCAAUCAGGACUCGGGCUCGGCGGUGGACAUGACGCCCAUCGAGGCCGACUUCACGUGGCACAAGAAGAAGACCGCACUGGAGAUGGAGAUUCAGGAGGCCUUUCUGCGCUUUAUAGCAUCCAUUUUGAAAGGCUACCGCUCCUACCUCAAACCCAUCACCACCGCGCCGUCCGAAAAGGCCACCGCCGCCGACUCGCUCUACGAUUUACAAGGUUUCUUAAAAAGUCGGGACCGCGCCCAUCAGAAGUUCUACUCCCAGCUCACCAAAACUCAGAUCUUCAUCCGGUUCAUCGAGGAGUGCACCUUCGUCAGCGACAAGGACACGGGCCUCGCCUUUUUCGACGACUGUGUGGAGAAGCUUUUUCCUUCUGAUAAAAUCACCGACAAAGGCACCAAGGUCGAAGCGGAGUCGUCGGAGGACACGAAGUUGCUGGAGCUGGAUGAGUCUCAGAAGAGCGAGCACACUGUGUUUGUGAUGCCCCCUGAGCCGCCAGUGGAAGAUGGAUCAGAACCGGCCCUGAGAUACACAUACAAAGGAUUUCCCAGGUUAAAUAUGGACUUAUUUGACCGUCCCAGAGAGCUCCGACCUGCCCUCAGCACCAGAGCAGCCGGGGCCAGUCUGUCCAGCAGCCCCGCGCUCCUGGCCAAGAGGACCAAACAGGAGAUCAAACUGGCGUAUAAGAUGGCGAAGCGUUUCUACCCAAACCCUCCUCUGUGGGCGCGGUGUCUCUUCAGUCACUGCUACAGUCUGUGGUUCAUUUGUCUCCCUGCGGCUGUGAGACUCGCCAAGUCCAAGAGCAGAGCCAUGCAGCAGGCCUACAACGUCCUACUGAAGAUGAGGACCACCGAGGUCGAGAUGCUGGACGAGGUGUGUUACCGAGUCGUCAUGCAGCUGUGUGGGGUCUGGGGUCUCCCUGUGAUGGCGGUGCGUGUCCUGGUGGAGAUGAAGAAGGCCGGAGUUCACCCCAACGCCAUCACAUACGGAUACUACAACAAGGCUGUGUUGGAGAGCCCGUGGCCAAGCAGAAACCGCAGUGGUCAGUUUAUGUGGACCAAGCUCCGAAACGUCUUACGAGGAGUUGCACAGUUCAAACACUCUCUUGACCCCAGUUCAACCAAGAAGGGAACUCCACUCAGCACUUCAGCUGCCGUUAGUUCAACGAGCGGAGAUCCAGACCGUCUGAGCCAUGGCAGCGCCGACAGCUCCGGUGACGUCAAUGGAGUCGACAACGUUUUUGUUCAUAGUCACAGUUUGAAAGACGCAACGGACAACUGUAACACAGGUCAACACUCUGAUCAGGGCUAUGGCUCCAAAGACGAGUUACAUCAAGAACUGGCAGAGUCAAAUACAGCUGUACUUUCCACCGAGGAAAGGAGCCCAGACAAGUCACAGCACACUGGAGGAGACAUCGCCGGCUCUGUGGACAGCGCCGUCACGGUAAAUGAACCUCCCAGCCCUAAAGAUGUGAAUGCACCUGCUGCGAGUAUCGUCAGACUGUCCACUGGGAGUUUCGACGGAGGAAGAGAAACUGGAAAACUGUUCAGACGUCACAGUAAAUCCGACAACGUAUCUCUCCCUGACGACUCCUCUGACGCCCAAACCCAGAAGCAGAGACAAAAGACCUUCUCGGAGCGCAGCUGUAGCUUCAGCGCCGAGACCAGAGCCGGGAUGCUUUUGGAGAAAGGCGUGGAUCACAUGGCCAGCCAGAUGGGAGCGGACGCACGAAUCCUGACCGCAGCGCUCUCUACUGGCCAAACCCCGCCCCCGCACACCGCUUCUAAAUCGCUUUUUAAAGACCUCGAGGAAGAGCCAGAAGAUGAACUGGAGAAACUUGCAGGAGAUGUCGGACCAGAGAAAACACAAGAACAUGGGAGUAAAGUUCAAGAGAAGACGGAAGAGGGACAGGAAAACAUGGAAAUGCAAGACGACGAGGCGGGAGGACGUUUACCGAGUUUAGAAAGAGAGGAUGUAGAAGUCGGGGCGGAUCCUUUGUCACGGUUAGUGUCAGAAAGUGAAGAAUCCGCCUCGGUAACAAGCCAGGAAACCCCACGCUCUGUACCUGUGGUUGUUUCGCGGAAUCUAGCCGAAGAAAUCGAGAUGUACAUGAGCCUACAAAGCCCUCUUAGCGUCAAAUCGUCAAGUAUGGACCUACAACAACCGCCCAAGGACAACGUCGAUUCUCCGCAGAGCAAACAGACUUUAGAAAGAAGGUCCAGUCUCCCCGUUCCUCAAGUCAAAACUCCCACUGGGUCCCCGGGCGACACGCCAAAAAGAAGCCCCAACACUGUCACCAGAUCCAAGACUUUUGCUGUCAAGUCAAAAACGCCAUCGAGCGCAGCAGGAAGUCCCGCUCCUCGUUCGGCAUCGCUGACUGCGCUAGUGAAGUCUUCGCAAGGAGGUUCUCUGGGGUCUGUUAUUAACACGUUUUCAGGGAUAAAAAUGGACUCGCUUUUGUCCGGGCCUAAGAUGGAUGUGUUUAAAUCGAGCAUGAAACAGGCAGCGACGGUGGCGAGCAAAGUGUGGGGAGCAGUGGCCUCAGCGUACGCCUACUCGGAUGAUGAGGACGAGCAGGGUGGGUUUCCUGCUCACCUGGAUGAAAACGUGCUGUCUCCUCACGACGUGGAUGAAAGUCCAGAGCGAGGUCAGAUCCCAGGUUUGGUCUCGAACGGUUUGAACCAGAGCAGCACCAGCCUGGGCAGCAGCAGCGGCAGCAGCGACACCGGACGAGGAACGCAGCAAACACAUCCAACUCCAGGUCGCGGCAGAGGACUCGACUCAGACCAAGGCUCACAUCACGCAUCCUGCUCCAGCAUUUUCCAAAACUACGCUCUCGAGGUUCUCAUGUCCAGUUGCUCCCAGUGCCGUAACUGCGAGUCUCUGGUUUAUGACGAGGAAAUCAUGGCUGGAUGGACCGCGGACGACUCCAACCUCAACUCCAACUGUCCCUUCUGCCGCAUGCCCUUCCUGCCUUUACUGCACAUAGAGUUUCAUGACCUGCGCACAUCCAGCUUCUACAUGAAUCCCAGUGCGUCUGCGGAGAGCAUUCAGAGCUCCAGCACACAGCCCACCACCAGCAGCACGGCCGACAUCAAGGCCCCAGACCUCAUGUCGUUUCCGGAGGACGAGUCUGAGGAGAGCCCUGGUGACAAGCCCGGGGCCCACAAAAGUCUCGUCCCAGAGCCGGUGCAGUCGGACCCUCUCGGUCUCCUGGAAAACAAGGCGUCGGUGAAGCAGCCGCCCUGCACCAGCUCGUCUCUGACCCGCAGUAACAGCGUGGGGGGUCCGCUCCAGAGCCUCGACUCGCUCCAACGACCCGGUCAUGGUGUGUCCACGACCAGCCUCCCCUCCAGUCUGCAGGAAGUAUCGGACGGAAUGGGAACAAAACGACCCAAUCCCAAACCGGUGUCUGUCCCAUAUUUGAGUCCCCUGGUUCUGCGCAAAGAACUGGAGACGCUGUUGGAAAAUGAGGGAGAUCAGGUUAUCUACACUCACAAAUUCCUGAGUCAACAUCCAAUCAUCUUCUGGAACCUGGUCUGGUAUUUCCGUCGGCUGGAUUUGCCCACGCACCUGCCCGGGCUGAUUCUGACCUCCGAACACUGCAACAACGGAGUACAGCUCCCGUUGACGUCGUUAUCCCAGGACAGUAAGCAAGUGUUUGUACAACUUCUAUGGGACAAUGUGAAUCUGCAUCAAGAACCUGGAGAUCCGCUUUAUCUUUUAUGGAGGACAUUUUUGGAGAAGAAGGGAACUCUGGCUCCAACCGAUCACCAGGAGAUCAGGACUCUUCUCAACACGAUCGUUCGCAACAUCCAAACCAACGACGUGUACGGGCCUAUUAAUCUGCUGCUCCGAGAAAUUAAAAGACGUCCGGAGGGAGUGAAGCGGCAAAGGAGCGUCUAUAGAGAAAUACUUUUCCUUUCACUUGUGGCUUUGGGUCGAGAAAACAUCGAUGUUGAGGCCUUUGAUCGAGAGUACCGCUCGGCCUACGAUGAACUCGGCCCUGAACAGCUCAAAACGCUGCAUCGAAUCGACCACCCCCCGAGCCCCAGCGUCCAGUGGUGCCUCAAAUGCUUCGGCGCGCCCAUCAUCUAAACAAAGGAUCUAAAUCAGACUCAGGAAACUCGUUGGCCCUACAUGGUACUAAACGUUCUGGACUUUAAGAGGAAGCCCGUCGUCUGCCUGUUUUUUUUCUUUUUUUUUUAAUCUUUUGUUGUGAUUUUCCAAGCUACAGUUUUGUUUUUUUGUUUUUUCUUGGACCGUAGCAGCAAAUCUAUCAGGACUUUUGUCAGUGUAUAUAUGGUUUGUAAAAAUUCAUUUCACUCUCUGUCUGUCCCGAAGGUCCCGUUUAGUGCGUGUCCCUCGUUUAAAACUGUCAGAUCGACGUGGAGCCGUGGACCUUGUAUAGACUGAUCCAAAUCUGCACUUUCAAAAAUGUUCUUUGUACAUAUUUUUACCGGGCGGAUGUGUAAACCGAGUUUGCCUGCGGAUCGCGACAACGUGUUUGGUCCGUGUCUUAAUAUUUUCGAAGAACGACACCUGGAUCUCUGUAAAUAUAUCCGCAGCAGAAGAGAGUUUAUCGUCUCGGGACAAUCGCGAUUUCAUUUUGAGCUAUUCAUUCUAAAACAUUCCAGACGUCUACGUGUCUUAAGCAUCGUUUUUCUACACGUUUGCACACAAUGACUGACUCGCUAAUCAUAACUCACAUUGUUAACGGCUCAUUUAUUAAAACAAAUACGAUGAUUUGGGGUUUUGACGCCAGAUUCCUAGCAAAACCGUAGAAGUAGUGUACGUUUUGACUUGCGGUAACCCAUAGCAACCUUUGUUAAAAUGUGUAGUGGAUUUAAUACUUAAACGUUUUGACAUUCCAUCGAUACUACGUGUAAAACUAGGAAAACAGAAAGAGAGAGAAAAGCUGCGUAUGUUUUAAAAUAUGAAAUAGAAACACUGACCUGUACAGAUAAAUCUACUCAAAUGUAAAAUGUCAGAUGUCAGAUGUCAGAGGUGGCGCCCCCUGUGGCCAGAAUCCAGACCACAAUUAUCAAUAUACUCAUCCAAAACUAAAAAAAAAAUCUAUUUAUUUUUGUAUUGUUGAUAUUUGAAUGCCAGAUAUUGUCAGUUUUAUUUUAUUUUAUGUUUUCUCUUUUCUUUUUAACAUUUGUAAGGGAUGCCGCCCUGUAGCCUCCUGCCUCCUCCUCCUCCCUCUGUUUGGGGGAGAGGAAAUGUAUGGAAAUCUGUAACAAAAACUCGAGUGGUUUGUUACCGUCCUGUGGAGAGAAAUUUGUCUACAAACGCUGCAAUAAAUCUGUUUGUCAAGUCUUUU